AUGAAAUAUUUUGUUGGAGCUAUCCUGUUCGCUUACUUUAUCGCAGCACUAGCCAACUCUAAAGUUAAACCGACGACGGAAGCUCACUGCAAUGUGAAUAACUACAACAGUUUCUACGCUGGACCAAACUGCAAGAAAAUCGAGCAACAACUACAUGAAAUACGACAAGAAAUCAGGGUAUAUUUGAGAGAAAAUAAAACUACUGGGUCUGGCAACGGAAAAGGUUUGUAAGAACAACUUUGAUUUAAUUUGAUCGAAUUUGUACUGCAGAUGAGCAAACUAAGUGGAUCCUCAUUCUCAUCAAUGUUUGCCUAAUUGUCGUCAAAAUGUCACGGCAAUACUAUUCUUAUUUUAUGAGUUUUAUGAAAAGACAAUUUUCUCACAAAAAAAAUUAGCCAUUUUCGAAGAAUAAAAAGCCUGUAAAAACAAAGAAACUAAUUAUUAUCGGUUUGUCACUUCGUUUUCAGUUUACAAGAACUGCGCACUGAAGUCUACAAGUCCGGUGACAAGAUCAGUGGAGUGUAUAAAAUCAGUCCUGAUGGUUUGGGCGAAUUUGAAGUGUUCUGUGAUCAGAACACUGCCGGUGGAGGUUGGACGGUGUUUCAGAAAAGGCGAGAUGGCUCUGUUGAUUUCUUCCGCGCUUGGGAUGAUUACAAACGCAGUUUUGGUAAUCUGA